AUGAAAUAUUUAGACAGCAUUUCAGACGACAAUGAGAUCCAGAUGCAACUGCUGGAUGUUUGUACAAUCAAUCCAGAACUGAAGGUUAUUCACUUCACAUUCGUGAGGUUCCUGGGGAUUGCUGGGAUGCAUGUAUUCAUUUUCAGGGCAGCUAAGGGAACCGAUGGAAAAAAGUGUAAAAUGCAGGAAAGUUAAAAACUGAUAGGCUAAGCGAGUACG